AUGAUCAUUGACCAUAUUCGAUUAGUUAUAUUUAUUACGAUUUUAUAUUUCGAUUCCUAUAAAUGUUCAAUAGAUGAUGUUUCAUAUGCACUCACCUAUGGACAAGAAUCAUUGUCGCAUUAUCCAUUAGAAACACAUGAAAUCGUUCGUCGGUCAGUUAGUAAUACUAAAUGCGGAAAAGAUUUGAUUUGUCUAAAUGGUGGUAAAUGUAAAGAUUAUCAGUGUCAUUGCUUGGAACACUUUAUGGGUCAUGAUUGUAGUAUAAUACGAUGUGGUCACGGUUGGUGUUCUCAAACUGGAGGAAAAUGUAAACAUAAAAAACAUUGUCAAUGUUUACCAAGAGCUGGUGGUCCGGAUUGUGGUGGCGUUAAAUGUAAUAGAGGAACAUCAGUUAGUUUGAUAUGUUACAAUGGCGCUACUUGUAAUAAUGAAACGGAUACAUGUAAUUGUCGGUCAGGUUAUCAAGAUGGCGGAACGGGUUGUUUAACGAAAGUAUGUCCCAAUGGUGAUUUAUGCUAUACCAAUAAUGGUGUUUGUACAGAUACAGGAUGUAAAUGUCGAUCGCCAUUGAUAAAUGGUUCCGAUUGUUCUCGGAAAACAUGUGGAAAAUCGGGUUUAGUCUGUAAUAAUGGAGGUACAUGUGUAGAUGACAAACAUUGCCAAUGUUUAUACGGAUGGAGUGGUGUUACUUGUGAUGGUCGAAAAUGUCCUGGAUUCAAAGAUCUUAUUUGUUAUUCAGCAACAUGUCCUGCUAUUGGUAGCGCACCGGUAUGCCAAUGUCCAGGACAUGCUAAAGGAAAAGAUUGUUCUGGAAUUACCUGUGGAAAUAAUGGAUUAGCCUGUUAUAAUGGUGGUACUUGUAAUGAAACAUCUUCAACGUGUUCAUGUCUAGUUGGAUAUGGUGGACCUGAUUGUAGAGCCAUACGAUGUGCAGCUCAUCCAAAUAUAUUUUGUUAUAAUGGUGGUUGCCCAGCAGUAGGACACGAUACUGAAGCACAAUGCAUGUGUUCAGAACCAUACACGGGUAUUGAUUGUUCACAAGUGAUGUGUAGUCACAGUGCAGUGACAUGUUAUAAUGGUGGCGAAUGUAUGGAUGGCAAAUCAUGUGCUUGUCCGCCUGGUUAUGGAGGUGUUGAUUGUCGUGGACUUCCGUGUGGAUCAGAAUUUUGUUAUAAUGGUGGAACAUGCAUAGAAGAUCAGACCAGUGGAGAAAUGAAAUGCGCUUGUCCAGGCAAUUAUACACUUCCUGAUUGUUCUGGAGAAAAGUGCUCUGCAAAUGGACCUAUUUGUUAUAAUGAUGCUAUUUGUGAAAAAGAUAAACAUGAUAAUUAUACAUGUCAAUGUACUGGACAAUGGGCAGGCGCUGAUUGUUCAGCAACACCGUGUCAAAAUGCAUUAUGCUAUAAUGGUGGGUAUUGUGAUGAUGAUGAAAAAGGAAAAGAUGGCUGUGUAUGUGUCAAUGGUUGGCAAGGAGUUGAUUGUCGAGCAAGUUCAUGUGGACCUCAUGGACUUAUUUGUCAUAAUGGUGCAUCAUGCAUAUUAAAUUCCAAUUCGAAUUAUGUUUGUCAAUGUAAACAUCUCUGGUCUGGUCCAACAUGUGAACAACAAAUAUGUGGUAUGCGAGGUUUGGUUUGUUUGAACAGUGGUAUUUGUUCAUUGGCUACAAAUAAUCAUAUACCGCCAACAUGUACAUGUUCAGUGGGUUUUGCUGGUGAUGAUUGCUCCGCUUUAAUAUGUGGUUCUGAAGGGAACGCUUGUUUUAAUGGCGGACGUUGUAAUGAAACAACAGGCUCAUGUAUUUGUCCUCAUCCACUGACUAGUGACGACUGUCGUGGCAAUAUAUGUGGUGCUGGUACAGCUAAUAGCAUAGUCUGCCAAAAUGAUGGUGUUUGUGUAGAAAAUACUGAAGGUGAAUGGGCAUGUAAUUGUACACAUGGAUGGACAGGACCCUAUUGUAUGUUACAUGUGUGUGGUGAUAAUUCAUCAACUAAUUUAGUAUGUGCACACGAAGGAAAUUGUGUACAUUCACCUAUAGCAGGUGACUAUACUUGUUCGUGUCAACCUCAAUGGACGGGAGCGGAUUGUUCUGGUAUGCGAUGUUCAGAACCUGAAAUUGCAUGUUAUAAUCAAGUGGAUUUUGAUUCUAAUGUUUGCACAUCCAAAGGAUGUGAUUGUCUCAACGAUGGUUAUGGAGCUGAUUGUAGAGGUGUUCGCUGUGGCCUAGAACCGGGUCGAUGUUAUAAUGGAGCUGUAUGUAUUGAUGGAUUACGAGCUGUUUGUUCAGCUUGCCCACCAGGCGUUACUGGCAAUGAUUGUUCGAUGAUGAUGUGUCCUGGUGUCAAAAGUGGUUAUUGUUUUAAUGGUGGUGUUUGUGUUGGUGGAACCACUUGCUUAUGUGGUCUUCGAAGUGAAUGGUCUGGUGUAGAUUGUUCCGAAAGACGAUGUUCGGGCAAUUAUAGAUGUUUAAAUGGUGGAUCAUGUAAUAAUAGCCCAGCAAAACGUGAAUGUAUUUGUCCGUCAACAUUCGAAGGAUCUCAAUGUGAAAAUCCGAUAAAACAUCAAUAA